GUCGGCCAACGUUCUUCGCGUGUUGGGGACAUUUUAUUUCGCAGCGUGGAGCAUAGCCAUCCGCCGCGGCACAAUUGUAAAGCGAAAGAACAAACGAACGAGCGAGCAAGUGAGCCCGAUCCAUAGCUAAUGACAACAACCACAGUGUGUGAGCUCCCCGGUGUUUGGAUUUGUUGUCUUACCUAGAGGCAAACACAUUUACAUACCUAGUACCUACCUACGGUGGAGUAUAACUGAACGUGAGCGGGCUCGUGUAUGUGUGUGCGUGUGUCUGUGCAAAGUGGAAUAUUAUAAGAGGGAAAAAUAAUAAAAGUGUAUAAUAAUAAAGUAUGUGAAUAAAAGUGGAGCAAGCAAAUUGUCCAGAGAAGUGCUUGAUCCCAAAUUUUUAUAAAUUACGCCAAAUUUCUUCCCCACUAGCAGCAAGAGUGCGUGUGUUCAAAAAUAAAUUUGUGGAAAAUUUUAAGUUCAGUUCACAAUUUAUUGAAGUUUGUUUGUAUCGGCUUUCGGCAAAGUGAAGUUAUCGGUUGUGCUUUGUUAUUGUUGCUUUCUUUAGAGGUGCUGCAGACGGCGCGGCAAAGCGUUACAAUAGUGGGCGUACGUAUAAGCGGGCGUGUCAUUGCUGGUGUAGUUACAGGAUUCGGGGUGAAUAUGGCGCCGGGCGUAUGCGUAACAAGUUUCCGUAUGCUACUGCGACGUACGGAGUUAAGCAGUCAUCUCAGCCGUGGACUGCGGCUGACGCCAACCGCGCCGUACUUGUUGAACUCGUGGAGCACCAGGAGAUAUUGUAAACAGAGCAACGACACGUCAAAGGACGAGCAACAACAACGCACAGGCGAUGUCUACGUUGAAUAUAUACAAGGACUUCCACACCUAACAGUGCCGCUGCCAAGCAGAUUGGAAAAAUGCCGAUUUGCUCUGAGGCCCGUGUCGCACAAAGUAGGCGAUCUUAUCGAAAUGCUGAAAAUUGAAGAUCACGGUAUUGAUCGAGCGGUUGUGCUGAACAAAUGUGGUGUACGAAUAGCGUCCACAUGCGCCAUCGACAGCCUUAUGGAUGAGCCAUUUUGGCUGCAAAUAAAUGAUAACAAAUACGAAGUGAUCCCUCCUAAAAGGAAAAAAAUCGACUCUGAAGACUUAAAGAGGCUUAGUGAUGUUAGAACUUUAGUAGCACAAUUGUAUGAAGCUUUACAUGUCGGCGAAUAUCAUUUGCAUAAAGAACAUGAACUAGUGAAAAAAAUAGAAAAUUUAAAAUUUGAAAUAGCACCUCUAGAAAUGGAAAAGCAGGAACUUGCUAAACUGGCGCAACGUAAAACGGUCGUCGCAACAUGGGUGGGACUCAGUUUAAUGGCGGUACAAUUUGGCGUCUUGGCGCGCCUUACAUGGUGGGAAUACUCUUGGGAUAUCAUGGAACCCGUCACAUACUUUGUUACAUAUGGCACCACGAUGGCCCUAUAUGCUUAUUACUGCCUAACGAAAUCGGAAUACACUUACGAAACAGUUAGGAAUCGUCUCUUUCUGAUUACAAUGCACAAAAAGGCCAAAAGGAAGAGCUUUGACAUUGAAAAGUACAAUCAAUUAAGACGUGAAAUCGCCGAAGCUGAAUAUGAUUUGCGACGCCUACGCGAUCCCAUCAACUUGCAACUGCCGCCACAUAUUGAUCGUUCGCAACGCUCAAUACCAAUUGAACCACCAACGAGCGGUAAUGGCGAAACACGCCUCCUAACGGCCGUUACAUCCGAAAAGAAACCCGCUAGCUUCCGACUGCCCUUUUUAGAACCAAAAAACUAGAUUUUUUAUAUACAUAAGUAAUUUAUCAGUUGAACAUAUUUACGUAUGUAUGUAUGUAUGUAUGUUAUGUGACUMUGUUAGUUCCCCAUGGAACACAAUGUUGAGUUUCACGUAAGCACAAACUGGCUUCAUGCAAAUGCAAAUACAAAAAGCAAAUACAAAUAUUAAUAGUAGUAACAUAGUAACGUACCACAUAUUCAUAUAGCGAAUACAAACAUACAUACGCAACAACAACAACUGAAUAUAGUUUUAAGAGGCACGUGUUGUAUUGUGCGACAUCGUCGCUCGUUCGUUGUUCAUUCGUUUUGUAAUUUCAAUUGUUUCUAUGUGUUUUCAUACUUACUUUUAAUGCGAAUUGUUAUUUUUGGCCUUAACCCUUGUAAUAUGCUCUUGCUUAGAAAAGUUUGAAGUGACCUUCCUAUCGUCUGGGUAUCGUAUUGAUCACUUCCUAUAAUACCUAUGUAGCUAGACUUAAAUUAAAUUAUUAUUGCCACGCAAUUGUUAUAUGUUUACCAACACAUUUACUUAAUAUCUAUGUGUAUGAGUGCAUUUGAAGAACUUAUAUGAAAAACCGUAGUUGAAUUAAAUGACAAACUAGCAAAUCAAAGACGGCAUAACUACUGAAUUAUGUAUGUAUGUUUAAAACUUGUUCUAGGUACAUAAGUGGUUAUAUUCGCUGUAUGCGCUAAAUCCUUGUAUGAUCACUGGCAAUAAGGAUGUAUGCUCUCGAGAAUAAGUGCUAAACAAUAAAAAACAAAUAGUUACUUAAGCGCCUCUGUCUCACCACAAACUUACAUAAAUUAUUUAUUGAGGAAAUGUAAUUUAAUUUGAGGGGUUUAUUUAAAUAAAUGUUUAUGUUUCAA